UCCAUCGCGAACCUCAUUGCUGUUUCGGGUAUUCACCCCUCCUUCCGCCACUUUCUCACCCUCGCCUUCACCUUCACCUUCGCCUUCUUCAACGCGAUGAGCGCCAUGUACGCUCUGGACGACCGGACACAUACCGCUCCGCCUCCACCCCCUCCGCUGUCGAUGGAUCGUAUUCCGCCUCCGUCCUCGUCAUAUCCCACUCCCGGCUCUGCAGGCGUCGCGUCCGCCGGCGGGCUACCUCCGUCGAGUCACCUGGCGCCGCUUUCCACCGUUCACGAUGGUCGCGUUUGGUCUCUGCAGGUGGUUCAGCAGCCUGUUCGCGCCCGGAUGUGUGGCUUCGGAGAUAAAGACCGACGGCCUAUUACACCCCCUCCUUGUAUUCGCCUGAUUGUUCGUGAUGCGCAGACCGAAAAGGAAAUUGAUAUUAAUGAAAUCGACACGUCUUUUUACGUGCUCAUGGUCGACCUGUGGAACGCUGAAGGGACCAGCGAGGUGAAUCUCGUCAAGCACUCGGCCACGUCUCCCUCAAUAUCUACCGCCAUGUCCUCCUCAUACCCCCCUCCACCGCAUAGUGUUUCUCCGUCCUAUCCGCCUUACGCACAGAACGCCUACGGCCAGCCCGUCGGAUACCCUCAGAUGAACAAUUACUAUGGUGGAAACCCCCAGCUACAGUACCAGAACCCCUAUGGGACGAACCCGCAAGGGCCUUACUACCAGCCGUACUAUGCUGGCGGUCACAUGCCUCCCACCAACAUCUCCCCGGCGCAACCUGUUACCUCCGGGCCUGGCGGCAUGUUCACGCGCAACCUCAUUGGCAGUCUCAGCGCCAGUGCUUUCCGACUGACUGACCCCGAAAACAAGAUCGGGGUAUGGUUCAUCCUACAGGAUCUGAGUGUUCGCACGGAGGGGUCUUUUCGCCUCAAAAUGAGCUUUGUAAACGUCGGUAACCAGUCCAGCGAUUCUCCCAACGGGGUGUCUGUGAUCAACCAUGGGUCUGCACCGGUGUUGGCCUCGGUCUUCUCGGAUGCAUUCCACGUGUUUUCGGCCAAGAAAUUCCCCGGAGUCAUCGAAAGUACGCCGCUGAGCAAAUGUUUCGCUCUUCAGGGGAUCAAGAUACCCAUUCGGAAGGACGGAGUCAAGGGAUCCCGCGGGCGUCACAGCGACGGGGACGACGGCGGAGACGAGUACGACUGAGCCAGGGGCGUUUGUUAAUUUAGGAUACCUAUGGGCGAUCUGAUUUUCUGCUUUUGAUUCCUCUUUCGCGCUUUUGAUUACAGGUUAGGGUAGGAUGUGGGUUCGGUUCUGAGGUGUUGGUGAUGGGCUCUUUUGAAUUGGGUGGGUGUACUGUUACUAUCUGGACUGGUGUCGCAGGUUUCUUCUGGUUCUUUUUUUCUUUUUUUUUUUCUUCUUUGCUCCCCCUGGCUUCUCCUGGUGGG